GAGAAAUACUGGCAGAAAGAAGUCACAAAGAAGGGGGAGAAAAACGUAUCCCUAGGUCGUGUCGCCCUCAGCUUUGUUGGUACAAGACAGUUCAUCUCCAUUCUCUUUCUCGUCAUAUCCACCCUCGCAUCUUUCGUAACUUCGGCAGUAUGUGUUCAGCUGUUACUACAAUACGUCGAAGACGCGAACGACAACCGUGUGUGGUACGGCAUUGUCAUCGUCGUCGCCGUAUUCGUUCUCAACAUCAUCCGUAUCAUGUGUGAUGUGUUCUUCUGGUGUUUCAGCUGCCGAACAGCGACCCGACUUCGUAGCGGGAUGCUCGCAUUGGCGUUCCGAAGAUUGGCUGAUUUGAGGAGUUUGAAGGAUCAUAGCGUGGGAGAGAUCGUGAACAUAUGCGCCAACGACAGUCAGCGUCUGUACGAUGUCUGCCUGUUGGGUAACUAUAUCAUUUCAUCGCUGGUCAUGCUCCUCGCUGCGCUGGUCGCUGUCCAGGUCAUCAUCGGUACGGGAGCCCUCAUCGGAACCGCGAUUACAUACCUCAUCUUCUUGCCGUUGACGACGGGCGUUGGUCGAAUCAUCUCUAAGAUCCGUAUGAAAUGCAUAAAGUACGUUGACCUUCGGGUUCAAAAGAUGAACGAGAUCUUGACAUACAUCAAACUCAUCAAGAUGUAUGCCUGGGAGUCGCCUUUUGGCAAAGCUAUACAAGCUAUCCGUGCGCAAGAGAGAGUUUACUUGGAAAGAGCUGGUAUCUUGCAGAGUUUUAGUCUCUCCGUCGUCCCCGUCGUACCCAGUCUAGCUGCUGUUCUAUCCAUCAUAAUUCACGUAGCCUUAGGAAACUCGUUGUCGGCGACGGAGGCGUUUACAUUGGUGUCUUUGUUGAAUGUGAUGCGAGUCGUUCUGGGCCCGACUCCCUACGCUGUUAGGAUGAUAGCCGAAGCGAACGUGGCCCUCCGUCGUCUCAAGGAAAUCAUGAUUCUCGAAAAGAUUCAACGGAACGAGGAGCUCGAAGAUAGCAGUGAAAACAUGGUAGAGAUUACCGGGGCAACAUUCGGCUGGGAUGUUAUCCAAGCUGAAGGUUUAGAUGAUGAGACGACGGAGAAGAAGAACAAGAAGGAGGAGAAGGAGAAGGAGAAGAGAGGGAAACCUAACAAUGCAGAGAGGAGUGAAGAAUUGAAGUCGGAGCAUUCCAAUUCGUCGAAUGGGCAUUUGGCUUCGGAGCGUGACGUUUUGGGCUAUAAUUCAGCCAAAAUCACGCCGGCACUUUUUGAUCUCGACUUCAAACUCAAGAAGAGAACUUUGACGGGUGUAUGCGGUCUCGUCGGCAGCGGUAAAUCUUCUCUCAUCUCCGCCAUCUUGGGUGAAAUGGAGAAGGUCAAAGGUAGCUGCAAGGUCAGAGGUCGAUUAGCAUAUGUGGCGCAGGAGGCCUGGAUUUUCAAUGCCACAGUGCAAGAGAAUAUCCUGUUCGGUACGAGAAUGGACGCGAAGCGGUACGACGCGGUUCUUACCGCAUGCAGUCUCAAAACGGAUAUGGAGAUCCUAAUGGAUGGCGAUCAAACUGAGAUCGGUGAGCGAGGAAUCAACGUAAGCGGUGGUCAGAAACAGCGGAUAAGCCUAGCCAGAGCCGUCUACGCCGACCACGAUGUCUAUCUACUCGACGACCCACUGAGCGCGGUUGACGCGCACGUCGGCGAACAGAUCUUCAACCGCUGCAUCAAGGGAGCCCUCAGGGAUAAAACGGUUCUCUUCGUGACACAUCAGUUACAGUUCCUGCAGGAUUGUGACACGAUCGCAGUCCUAAUGGAGGGGAGACGAGCCGAGCAGGGAACUCAUCGGGAGCUGAUGGACGAGGAGGGCGGAGAGUAUGCCCGUCUCAUCACCGCACAUUAUACCAAACCACCUGAAGAGGAGAAGAAAGUCGAGGAACCCAUGACACCCAAACUUAAACGACAGAUCAGUCGUCAGAAGUCGAUGAGUCGGAGCGUGGCCAGCGAGAUAGAGGCUGAGAGCGUCGCUUCAUUCCAGGAAGUUGGACAGCUCACCACGGCGGAGGAGCGGGGUAGCGCAACACUGGGUUGGCAAACCUACCACGGGUACAUCAUGGCCAUGGGUGGAUAUUGUAAUGCUAUUGUGAUCGUUCUCUCAUACUUGGUUGUGAUUGGCUUGCUGACGGCAAACGCGUGGUGGCUGAGUUUCUGGAUUGAAAACAGUUUGAACAGACCGUACAACGAGACCCUCGGCGACGAAAUUCCAACAUUGACGAACGAUGAUAGGCUAGGUUUCUACAUGGGAAUCUACGGAGGCUCACUUCUGGUCAUCCUCAUCUUAGCACUACUAAAAAGCGUUGUCUACUCGAAGUUGACGAUGCGGGCUUCCUCCAGGCUACACAACACCCUCUUCAAGAAGGUUUUAAGGAGUCCGAUGAGUUUCUUUGAUACCACACCGACAGGAAGAAUUCUCAACAGGUUCUCUAAAGAUAUGGAUGAACUGGACGUCAUCCUCCCAAUCAACCUGGAGCUGACGUUAAUGAGUGUGUCGUUGAUCCUAGCCUCUCUCGUCACCAUCUCCGUGGUCUUCCCUUACUUCCUCGCCGCGGUCGUCCCCAUCCUCAUCGUCUUCUACUUCAUCAUGAACUUCUAUCGGAAGGGCGUCAACGACCUCAAGCAGAUCGAGAAUGUGAGUCGGUCGCCAUGGUUCUCGCACAUCGGCUCGACGGCGAUGGGCCUGGCCACCAUCCACGCCUACGAUAAGACAGCUGAUAUGAUCAAAAAAUUCGUUUACCUACUCGACAUCAACGCUCAUCCUAUGAUGCUGUUUCGCAUGGCUAACCGAUGGGCUGGAGCACGCUUAGAGAUUCUCGUUGUCCUGAUCGUUACCGGGACCAAUCUAAUGGUUGUCCUCACCAAAGGUACCAUUGCUACUUCUACCGCUGGACUGGCCAUCUCUUAUGCUAUACAGCUGACUGGUAUGUUCCAGCUUCUGAUGAGUACCCUGGCAGAGACGGAAGGCAGGUUCUUUUCUGCAGAGAGGAUCCUGGAUUAUAACAGGUCUUUAGAAGCAGAAGGACCCGAAGUGGUGCUGGAUAACAGACCGUCAAAGGAAUGGCCUAGUGAUGGUGCGAUCCGAAUCGAAGGCUACAAGAUGAGAUAUCGUGAAGAGCUUCCUCUAGUUCUGAAAAAUGUAGACUGCAAGAUCAAAGGUGGAGAGAAAAUCGGCAUUGUUGGUCGUACCGGGUCUGGUAAGUCGACGAUCAGUGUUGCGCUGUUCCGACUCGUAGAAGCCGACGAAGGCUCGAUGACCAUUGACGGACUCGACAUCAGUACCAUAGGCCUGACCGAUCUCCGGUCUAAGAUCUCCAUCAUUCCUCAAGACCCAGUCCUCUUCAUCGGAAAUAUCAGGUACAAUCUGGAUCCUUUUAACGAGCACAGUGAUCAGGAAUUAUGGGGAGCUUUGGAACAGGCAUACAUGAAAGAACGGAUUAGUGUCCUUGAUCAUCAGCUGGAAGCUCCUGUUACCGAGGGUGGGGAUAACUUCUCUGUAGGAGAGAGGCAGCUUCUCUGCAUGGCCAGAGCUCUACUUCGAAACAGCAAGAUCUUAUUCUUGGACGAGGCAACAGCAGCGAUCGACACAGAAACAGACAGCUUGAUACAGCAGACAAUACGAACAGCUUUCGAAGACUGUACCACACUCACCAUAGCACAUCGACUCAACACUGUACUAGACUCGGAUAAGAUUCUAGUCAUGGAUGAUGGAAGGGUCGCCGAAUUCGAUACUCCUUCUACGCUGAGAAGCAAUCCAAGGUCUAUCUUCAGCGGCAUGAUGGCAGCGGCAGAGGCGCAAAAAGAUGGAAUUAUGGACUGAAGUUAUCGAUAAUCAUGUGACAAUUAAUGUUGCCAAUUUUAACAUGACGUCUCCUUAAUCAACAUGCCAAAGAUUAUAUGAUUUUGUGUAAAAUGAUGGUGCUUUCUAAAUGGACCAAGCAAUUUUUUUUUGAUAAUUGUGGUAUAAGUAUGAAAUCAUUAGCUCUUAAAAGGGUAAAUUUCUGUAAAUUUGUAAACGUUGGUAAUUCUUAGCCGUUGAAAGUUUUUCUUAUCAUCUGCCAUGAA